CAGAUGUGUUCUAUCAGCCCACACAGGGGAUGGCCUUCCACACAGCAUCACUACCAACAGUAUCUCUGCACAUGUGGGUUGUGAGACAGCAGAGCUCCAGUGGAGAGAGUGUGUUAGCCUGAGUCGGAGCCCUGAGCCUACUGCAGGAGUUCUACACGCAUCCAAGUCUUGCCUUAUCCAGCCCAAUCCAGCCAUUUUCUGACCUGCCAAGCCCAGCCGAACCCAGCACAGCCCAGCCAUGGAUGCCCUGUCCUCCCUGAGCUCCUCAACCUCCUGCCCCUACCUGUACCUCUGGAGUAGCAACAUCACCAACAACAGCAGUAGAAGCAGUAUUAGCAACAAUGUGAUCCUGGAGCACUACAACCACACAGGGCGCCUGCAGCACCGCGGGCCCCGCCAAGGUGGCCUGAGCUUGGGCGCGUUCCUUUCCCUCUUCAUCAGCAUCCUCAUCAUCCUGGAGAACCUGCUGGUCCUGGUGGCCGUGCUCUCAAGGAUCCGCAACAGCCACCGCUGGGUCUACGUGUGCAUCGCCAACAUCACCCUCAGCGACUUGCUGGCCGGGGCGGCCUACGUGGUCAACAUCUGGAUGUCGGGCAGCCAGACAUUCAGACUGAGCCCGGCUCUGUGGCUGUUCAGGGAGGGGGUACUGUUCGUGGCCCUCGCCGCCUCCAUCUUCAGCCUGCUGCUGAUUGCUGUGGAGCGCUACACCACCAUGAUGAAGCCGCUGCACCAGAAGUCRGCMAGGAAGACRURUCGUAUCUACGGCCURGUGGCGCUGUGCUGGAUCSUGGCCUUCGCCAUCGGCUUCCUCCCCCUGCUGGGMUGGAACUGCGUGUGCAGCCUGGAGAGCUGCUCCACCYUGCUGCCGCUCUACUCCAAGAGCUACAUCYUCUUCUCYYUGCUCAUYUUCUCCCUCAUCCUGCUGGCCAUCGGYGUGCUCUAUGGCGCCAUCUACUGCCACGUGCGCAGCAGCGCCAAGGUGGGAUCCCAGCGCAGCCGCAAGCGAUCCCUGGGGCUCCUGAAGACGGUAAUCUCCAUCGUGGGUGUGUUCAUCAUGUGCUGGGGCCCUCUGUUCGCCCUGCUGCUCCUGGACUUUUUCUGUGUGUCGCGGCAGUGCGCGCCCCUCUUCAGUGCCGACUGGGUCAUUGCUCUGGCCGUGCUCAACUCUGCUCUGAACCCUGUCAUCUACGCCCUGGGUAGCACAGAGCUGAGGAAGGCCAUCGCAGGGCUGCUGUGCUGCUGCUGCCUUAGGGCAGGCCUCUGUCACCCUGAUGCCUUCGUGUCCAAGGAGACCAGCAGCACGGGGAGCACCAGGCAUAGUAGCCUGAGGAACAGUUUCAAUAAGGUCAGGAGUUUCAGUAUCAGCCCCCCGCCUGCACCCAAGGCCCCCAAGAAGAGCCGCCUCAGCUCCACCACCAGCUGCCUGUCUGUGUCGAGCGGUUAGACCACAAAGGGCUGCCUGGGGCAGACGUAGAUGUGAAAGAGAGCUCUCUUUGUGUGUGUGUGUCUGUGUGUGUCUGUGUGGGUCUGUGUGGGUCUGUGUGGGUCUGUGUGCGGGUGUUGGAAUUUAGAGAAAGCCCGCUAGCACAAGGGUAGUAGAAACAGGGUAGUAGAACAUGUAUCUCAUUGGCACAACUAUGAAGAUACAGCCUUGUUACAGCCUAGAUACAAGCAUGAUACAGCCAUGAAGAAAGAGCCUAGAUACAAGCAUGAUACAACUAUGAAGAUACAGCCUACAUACAACCAUGAUACAACCAUGAUGCAACAUGAUACAGCCAUGAUACAGCCAUGAUACAACUUUAAAGAUACAGCCAUGAUACAAAACCAUGAUACAGCCUGAUACAACUAUGAAGAUACAGCCUUGAUACGCCACAAUACAACCAUGAUACAACCAUGAUGCAACAUGAUACAGCCAUGAUACAGCCAUGAUACAACUUUAAAGAUACAGCCAUGAUACAAACCAUGAUACAGCCUUGAUACAGCCUUGAUACAACUAUGAAGAUACAGCCUUGAUACAGCA